UUCUUAAGUGAUUAUGCUUUGUUGUGGGAUCUCUUUGAGAUGCACCAGAGGCAGAUAUUGGCCAAUCUCCUCAGGAGCUGCUCAAAGAACUUGACACUCGAUAAGGGAUUAAAGUCUCAUGGAGCAGUUUUAAGAAUGGGAUUUGCGUGUGAUUUGAUGUUGAACAAUGAUCUUAUAAAUAUGUAUGGCAAAUGCGGUAAAAUAGGCUCCGCAUAUGAUGUGUUUGAAAAAAUGCCUGAGAGAAACGUGGUUUCUUGGACGGCCCUGAUGUGUGCCUACUUGCAGAAUGGGAAUGCCCAAAAAUGCUUAUCUGUUUUUUGCCAAAUGGGUGCUUCGGAUUCUAAGCCAAAUGAGUUUACUUUCUCCACAAGUCUCAAGGCAUCUGGGGCUCUUGGUAUUGUUGAGUAUGGGAUGCAGAUUCAUGGCCUAUGUGCUAAAUCUGGUUUUGAAACGGUCAUUGUGGUCGGAAAUUCUAUUGUUGACAUGUAUGCUAAAUGCGGGAGGAUCGCAGAAGCAACACUGAUGUUUGAGGCGAUGGCUGUUAAGAAUCUUAUUACGUGGAAUACGAUGAUUGCGGGAUACACGGUUGAAGAAAAUGGAAAAAGAGCUUUGCUCUUGUUUCGUGAAAUGCAAGAACAAGGGGAGGUCCCCGAUGAAUUCACGUUUACGAGUGCUCUAAAGGCCUGCUCUGGUCUUGGGGCCGUUCAGCAAGGAAGCCAAAUGCAUGCUUUCAUAAUCACAAGGGGCUUCACAUAUGAUGCCCAGACCAUGGUUGCAGGUGCUCUUGUUGAUCUGUAUGUCAAAUGUAGACGCUUAUUUGAGGCUCGGAGAGUGUUUGAGCAAAUCAAGCAGAAGAAUAUAAUAUCUUGGAGUUCACUGAUUCUUGGUUUUGCUCAAGAAGGCGAUUUAGAGGAGGCCAUGAACUUGUUCAAGCGGCUAAGAGUAAACGCACGCCAUAAAUUAGAUGGGUUUGUUCUCUCAAGCCUGAUUGGCGUGUUUGCCGAUUUUGCACUCGUCGGUCAAGGUAAGCAAAUACAUGCUCUCUCCACCAAAAUCCCGUCUGGUUUAGAUAUAUCAGUAGCCAAUUCAAUCUUGGAUAUGUAUCUCAAGUGUGGAGAUCCAGAUGAAUCGGAAAGACUAUUCAAUGAAAUGCCGGCCAAAAAUGUUAUUUCUUGGACAGUCAUGAUCACGGGCUACGGGAAGCAUGGUUUGGGAGGAGAAGCUGUACGCCUUUUUAACAAAAUGAGAUCAGACAAUAUAGAACCUGAUAGUGUGGCUUACUUGGCCGUGCUGUCAGCCUGUAGCCACUCUAGACUAAUCAAAGAAGGCCAGGAAAUAUUUUCAAGAUUGUGCAAUGACCGCCGACUUAAACCAAAGGUAGAGCAUUAUGCGUGUAUGGUAGAUCUCCUUGGCCGUGCUGGACGACUAGAAGAAGCAAAGAAUCUUAUCAUGAACAUGCCACUAAAACCAAACAUCGAGAUAUGGCAAACAUUGUUGAGUGCCUGCAGAAUACAUGGAGGCAUAGAAUUAGCGCGAGAGGUGGGAGAGAUAAUUCUGAGAUUGGAUGGGGAUAACACUGUCAACUAUGUGCUGUUGUCGAACAUCUUUGCCGAUGCAGGGAACUGGAAAGAGGGUGAGAGAUUAAGAAAACUGGUGAAGAUUAAGGGGUUAAAGAAAGAGGCGGGUCGUAGUUGGGUAGAAGUUGACAAAGAAGUCCACUUUUUCUACAAUGGAGACGAUUCUCACCCACUCACAGAGAAAAUUCAUGAAGUCCUCAAGGAAAUGGAGAAAAGGAUGAAAGCGGAGAUGGGUUAUGUCCCUGGACUACGGUUUGCAUUGCAUGAUGUGGAAGAUGAGUCGAAGGCGGAGAGCUUGAGAGUUCACAGCGAGAAGCUGGCAAUCGGAUUAGCACUGGUUCAUGGUAGGCUUGAGGAGAAGAAAAUAAUUCGUAUUUUCAAGAACUUGAGAGUAUGUGGGGAUUGUCAUUUGUUCAUUAAGGGCUUGUCUAAGGUUUUGAAGGUGGUGUUCUUGGUUAGAGAUGCAAACAGGUUUCACAAAUUCGAAGAUGGAUUGUGCUCCUGUGGAGACUUUUGGUGAUUCCAAACGUUUUGUUCCUUUCCUUUGUAUGCACAGCCUUUGUACUAAGAAAGCACUCAAUCAAAUGAUAAGUAGU